AUGCGCUCGGCUUUCCAGGCCUCGUCACGAGAUCCUGGUCUGGUUGUCGCUUCGAUCCGAGCACACUCCGUGCAACAACUCGCGCAUUCCUGCAGCCACGGCAUCCCGAGCUCCUUACAUCCCCACGAAUCGGUUCAGCGCCCGUUACUGUCACUAUCGCCACCUUUUCGCCAUGUGUCGUCCCGGUUCAUCUCCGCUCCAACGACCCGUCAUAAUCACUGGCAUUUACAUUCGCUUCAUUCAGCAACCCGGAUUGCCCGACCAACGAUCCACGGUCCAGAUCUCUCCUCCGCAUCGCCAGCCGUUGUUCCCGUCCGCUCUCUCAAUAUCUUCACUGUUUUCCGGAAAGAAUCGCGAGAUAAGGAGAUAGAACGCUUGAAGGACGAGUUGAACCGCGGAUACUUCGACGAUUUUAAGGAGCUCAAGGAAACUGCCGGGAAACUGGGCCCUUUACCCACCGCGUCGCCGCUUCCAGCCGCUGGAGCCGCGUUGUUCCCGCAAAUUACGGGAACCACGUCAUCCAGGGCGUCAGUGGAGCUGCCUCUCGAUCUGCAGGGUGACACGUGUCGAGUGGUGCUGGUCUGCGUGGCGUUCCGUGCAAACGCUCAGGGCAUGGUGGAAUCAUGGCUAAAACCCUUCCUCCAGCACGCCUCCAGCAGCUCAUCUUCCGCCACUCCCUCACUUUCGACUCCUACCCAAACUUCUGCACUGGCUUCCACCGCACCUGACUCCUCUCAACCCACGGAUAUCCCACCCUACCACUUUCCACCGGGCUCUGUGUGCGCGGUGCACAUCUCGUGGAUCGAGUCUUGGCUGUUGUCAACCCGACCCGUUCGAUCCUGGCUGCUCAGCAGCUUGCGUGGAGCUGAGGCCAAGCAGCAGGCACGCUUGGCAGAUGGUGUUGGUUCAGAGGGAGUGGAUAGGGUUCUGACGAAUGUAUAUGCAUUUGGUGACACGUGGGAUUUCAGGAAGAAAUUGGGCAUUAUUAACAGGCUCACAGGCUAUGCAUUCCUAGUGGAUGGGAAAGGUCGUGUUCGAUGGCGUGCUUCAGGAAUAGCCUCUGAUGACGAAGUGACAUGCUUGCUUUCUACCACAGAUAAGCUCUUGAAAGAAUGA